UAGAGCAAAGGCUAAAGAUGAUGAUUAUUAUAAAGCGAGGCAUUGAAACACAUCAGGAUCUCAAGUUACUAGAUACUAAGCAUCCUCUACUUAUAAUAAAAGGUUGCAAGUCUCGUCCUGCAGAUCAGUUAUGCUAAACCUAGCUCAGUUUUAGAUCAUUGGUAGAAGUGUCUACUCAAGUCGAUUACAAGCAAAAUCUGCCUAUUGAAAGUACAGCGAAAUUGGGGGUGUGUACGUGUAUGACUGACUGUACAUCCAUUGUACCUGCAACUCGCAAACCACCAGAAGCCAAAAGAAACAUUUACUUGAGCUAUAUACAUACACCACCCACUACUGUAAACUGUUGAUCAUAGCUGUGUAGAGUCUACAAGCAGUGCAACACUCAUACUGUGAUAGUGCCCUUGAUUCUUUAGAGGGGCCAUGGCAUCUUUACAAUCUCUUGCUGUUCUCGUCUUGUACACAGCUCUACUUAUGCCUGGAUUACUCGAAUCUCCGUUCUAUUCAUUUGGACGCUCAACGGUAGUAUCAGCCGUAGACAACGAUGAUAGUGACUGUGUGAUUCUCGAUGCAUUUAGAAAUUCGGAUUACAACAAAUUUUGUGGAUGCUUUCGAGGGGACCUAGGAAAGACUUGUGUUCAAGGGAGUACAGGGGGCAUUCCAUUAACUACACUUCAAUGCAAAACAAAUUUGGAGACACUGGAACAGGUUCAAAAUUUCACAGAGUUCGUCACCUGUCUAAUUGUAGAAAACUCACCAGCCAUUGGAAGACUGAGUAGAACAAUGAUGGAAGCUUUUCCCAGUCUCACAGGACUGAAUAUCGAAGGGUCGCUACAGAGUAUUGACAGCGAUGCGUUUCUAUCCAAUCCAGGUCUCCAAUAUGUGUCCUUGAAUAAAAACAGUCUACGUACUUUUCCCUCCCUGGAAAAUCUCAUUGAUCUUCGUUCUAUAUCAAUUAACGAGAAUCAGAUAGCAGAAAUUCCUGAGGAUGCUUUUCGAGACACGAAUAUGAUUCAAACAGUAUCGUUUGAGAACAAUCUGAUAACGUCACUAACGGGGAGUGUCCUUGCCAACAAGUGCAAUCUAAUUACAGUUGAUUUCAGUCAUAAUGGUAUUACACUCGUGGAAGACACUGUGUUUGAAGGAACACCUAUCAAAAACAUGGAUUUUGCGUAUACUGAGAUCACGAGUAUUCCAGUCACAACAAGUAUUCGAGCACAUCUUCAAGAUCUGGAUGUGAGAGGAAGUAGACAACUCAAAGACAUCGAUUUUUUUGUGGAUGAACCAGAAUUUCAGAACCAAACAUUUCCAUUCCUCAAAAAAGUUGAAUUACCGUACCAUGCUCAGUGUUGUCAUUUAAUGCGAGGAGAGCACAAACAAUUUGUCUUUGGAUUCAAUCGUGCGAAACGUGCAGCUGGUUCAUUGCUCCAAAGAAUUGGCUCACAUUUGUUGAAAAAGUUUGCAGGCAGUCAGUCUGUAACGAAACGGAUAAUUCGACGUUCAACUGGCGCUCCAAUGUACACAUGCCUGAAUGUGACAAGUCAGCAGUGUAUCGAUGAUAUCAGUGCUGUUAAUGUCUCAGACUCUGAAAAGGUGUCUGUUAUCAGUCAAGAAGAAUUUUGUAAUAUCUCCCAGCUCCCUUGUCUAACGUGUGUGCAGAAUGUCUGCGAAAUUAACUGUACAAACACAAACGCAACUUUAGACUCAUCAGGAAUGAACACAACUGUCCUUUGCAUUUCUAGUCCAUCCUCAAUCGUUGUAGACAUAUCUCCAACCCAAAGCAGCUCAUAUUCAACUCAAAUGGCACCUGUGUCUACCUUACACGUCACUUCUGACACCUUACACGUCACUUCUACGUCAUCAUCUCAAUAUGGCAUCUCACCGUCUCCUGCGAGCACACCCAGCUGUCUUAGUAGACCCUCGAUAAGUACCACUAUUGUGACCUGUACUCCGUCCCCCACACCUUCAGCCACCCCGGAUCCACCGCUUCCUUGCGAUAGCAACUACUGUACCGAAAGUCCUGAUGUACAUGUAAACGUUAGAGAUUUGUGUACUGAAUGCAAAAACACUCGAUGCAACCUAUCUCAUGUUGCUGAUUCAUUCUGCAAUGCCUUUAAUAGAAGUAUCUGUGAUUGUAAUACUAGGGAAAAAAGAGAUGCAGUUGCUCUAACUAGAAUAAAAAGGGACACUGAAACUGAUGAUAAUUGCCCCGAGGUUUCGGUUAUUUGUUCCAAUUGCACUGCAAUUGAAAAUCUACCAAGCGACUGGUUUAAACUUUCCAACAAUUCCCAGCUUGUUUGUAUGCUUCAGAUCUCUAAUGAUACCAUGUCCACUACUACAGAAGCUACUACGACAAAUUCAGUGGAUCCCACCACCCAAUUUCGUUGCAACAUUCGGGAUAUUAGUAUCCUAUCACCAUUUGCGAAUACUACAUGCUCACCCUCACCUGAUGCUUUUAAUCCGUGCGUAGAUCUUCUGAAUGAAGACAAUAGUCUCCGAAUUGCCAUAUGGUUUGUAAUUAUCAUUGCUCUGCUUGGAAACCUCCUGGUCAUUUUUGUUUUCAUUUUCUACACUUUAAUCAUCCGCCGUGCUAAAAUGGACUUUUUUGUUAUGCAUUUCUUCUAUUUUAAUCUUGCUCUUGCAGACUUCCUGAUGUGCAUCUACUUGAUGGCUAUUGCGAUUGAGGACUUGCUCACUCUCGGAGAGUUCAGUGCUCACGAUAUCAAAUGGAGGACAGAGGGUGGUUGUCAAUUUGCCGGUUUUGUUGCCAUUCUUUCAACUGUUGUAUCUGUCUAUGUGCUCACUGUCAUCACAUUGGAGAGAGGUUACACAAUCAUCAACGCUAUGCAUAAAAGAAAAAUCUCAAAGGGAGUUGCUGCCAUUUUGAUGGUAAUUGGAUGGGCUUUGGGAUUCUUAAUAGCCAUUUUGCCUGUGACGGGUGAAGUAAGUGACUACGGAUCCGUCUCAAUAUGUUUACCGUUUAGAGCGACGUCUCCUCUUGAUCAAUCGUACGUUGUGUUUCUCUUGGCUGCUACGGGUCUGGCAUUUAUAGUCAUUGCAUUGACUUACAUUUUCAUCUUCAGCCACAUUUUCUGUAAGAGAUCCUCUUUGUCACGCAGUUCCACUAGCAGGCGAAAGACGGAAAUCAAAGUGGCUAUUCGAAUGUUUGUACUGGUUUUCACAAAUUUUGUUUGCUGGUUUCCGAUCGCUCUGGUCGGUUUGGCAUCUGUGUUUGGAGAUGGUAUCGUUGACGAUAUAAAUUUUGCAAAAUGGGCCAUCGUUUUUAUCUUUCCGAUAAAUUCUUGUCUCAAUCCAAUUUUGUAUAGUCUCUCCACUAAAGCCUUCCGAGAGAAUUUGAUUCUUGUGCUCAGCAAAAUGAAAAUGUUUGAAGGCACUGCUCAUGAUAUUGCUCGAUCGAGAGCAGGUAUCACGCCCUCGACUACUAGUGACGGCAGAAGUGUACCAGGACUUAGAUCAACAUUCAUCGCGCGAAUGCGACUAUCAAUAUCAUCUCAAGGUGGUUUAAUGCCGAGUGGCCGUCGUGAUAGUAACUUGAGUCAGAUAUCAGAUCCGGAACCUUUUAGAAUUUCUCUGCUUGGCAGGAGACGGCGGAGUAGUGUCAUGAGCGAUAGUUCCAACGAUGACUCGCUGAAUGGGCGAAAUAACAUCCGCAGAGGAAGCUCUGGAACAUCACUUGAUGACACAAUUGUAAACCCAAAUUUCCGAUCUAGUUCACCAGUUAACUUGACUCCAAGCGAAAACGCUAAUUUAAGAGUUCUUCGUGCUGGCAACAAAAUAAGUGUGUCGAGUCUGGACACCCUCCCCGAGGAAAACGAACUCGUAAUGCCGACAACGUUACACGAGUCUAACAUUAUCAAACUGAAUCCUGCCUACAUUGAAGAAGAUGAUACUGAUAGUGGAACAAUGCCUGAUCAGAUCCGACUUGAGAUCACUCAGGAUGACUCUCAGCAAUGUCCGCAGCACCAAAUACGGGCCGACAUACCCCAUUCCGAAAACGACAGUGGACACAGUGGAAAUUACUCCAAUUCACCGAGUGUAGAAGAAUUUGAUGCCGAACACCAUAAGGAAAUUGUUCACAAAGAAAUAGACUUUGAUUAAAUCCCCAUCUAUGUUUUUAUAUGUCCUCCCCUCCCUUGAUUUUAAUUACAAUACUAAUUUUUGGCUCAAUUAAUUUAUACUUUUCAUUCAUUCUCUCAAUUUUAAAAUCAACAAUACAUGCAUGUAUAAUUAUAAUUCCUUGCACUGUACACCCUCUCAAUCUCAGACAAUGAAUGACGAUUUGAUUAAAA